CAGCAGAGCAAUGGCCAAUGAAGCAGUGCUGGGCAGCAUGUGGAACGCUCUGGUUUGGCAGCAAGUGGCGGCGCUACUGUGUCUGCUCGCGGUCCUGCUGAAAGCCACACAGAUAUACCUGAGCAAAAAGAGGCAAGAGAGAAUAUUAGAGCAGUUUCCGGGCCCUCCUCGCCACUGGCUACUCGGCAAUGUUGAUCAGAUACGCCGAGAUGGAAAGGAUUUGGAUUUGCUGGUGAACUGGACACAAAGCCAUGGUGGUGCUUAUCCUGUAUGGUUUGGAAAUUUUUCUUCAUUCCUCUUCCUUACGCAUCCUGAUUAUGCCAAAGUUAUAUUUGGUAGAGAAGAACCAAAGAGCAGCUUGUCAUAUAAUUUCCUUGUGCCAUGGAUUGGAAACGGAUUAUUGGUCUUAACAGGACCAAAGUGGUUUCAGCACCGUAGACUGCUCACUCCAGGGUUUCACUAUGAUGUACUGAAGCCAUAUGUGAAGCUAAUAUCCAAAUGCACAACAGACAUGUUGGAUAACUGGGAGAAACUUAUUACCAAACAAAAAACAGUGGAGCUUUUUCAGCAUGUCAGUCUCAUGACUUUAGAUAGCAUCAUGAAAUGUGCCUUCAGCUAUGAGAGCAACUGCCAGAAGGACAGUGAUAAUGCCUACAUUAAAGCAGUGUUUGAUCUCUCCUACCUGGCAAAUCUCAGGCUUCGUUGCUUUCCCUAUCAUAAUGAUACCAUAUUCUAUCUCAGUCCUCAUGGGUAUCGAUUUCGCCAAGCCUGCAAAAUAACUCAUGAACACACAGAUAAAGUGAUACAACAGAGAAAAGAAUCCAUGAAGCAUGAAAAGGAACUGGAGAAGAUCCAGCAGAAGAGACAUUUGGAUUUUUUGGAUAUUCUUCUUUUUGCCAGGGAUGAAAAAGGCCAUGGUUUAUCUGAUGAGGACCUCCGUGCAGAGGUGGACACAUUUAUGUUUGAAGGCCAUGACACAACAGCCAGUGGCAUCUCCUGGAUUUUAUACUGCAUGGCCAAAUACCCGGAGCACCAGCAGAAAUGCCGGGAGGAAAUUAAGGAAGUCCUGGGAGACAGACAGACAAUGGAAUGGGAGGAUUUGGGUAAAAUUCCCUACACCAACAUGUGCAUUAAAGAGAGUCUUCGUAUAUAUCCCCCUGUACCGGGAGUAGCUCGAAUGCUCCGAAAUCCUGUUACAUUUUUUGAUGGUCGCUCAAUUCCUGCAGGAACACUGGUUGGGUUGAGUAUUUAUGCCAUCCACAAAAACCCAGCUGUUUGGGAAGAUCCAGAGGUAUUUAAUCCCCUGAGGUUUACUCCAGAAAAUUCUGCCAACAGACACUCUCAUGCUUUCGUGCCCUUUGCUGCAGGACCAAGGAACUGCAUUGGGCAGAAUUUUGCCAUGAAUGAAAUGAAAAUAGCUGUGGCACUUACACUGAACAGAUUCCACCUUGCAGCUGACCUAGAGAAUCCCCCCAUCCUAAUACCACAGUUGGUCCUUAAGUCAAAAAAUGGAAUCCAUGUGCACCUUAAUAAAGUCCAAUAAACAAGAAUUUACAUUCUCUCCUUCCCUCUAUAUCUGCUUGAAUCAUCAAUAUGCUACUUGGUGGGUUCAGUUUCCAGCUGCUCUUUUACUGAGGAGGAUUUAGAAUGAAAUGGAACUUCUGCUGUGACUAUAAACUAAGUCCAAGGUCAUUAAACUCGUAUAUUAAACAAA